UCAUUUCUUUCUUCCACAGGUAUUCUGAAGAAGAAACCUAUCACCCAAUAUCUUCCCAGACACCUGUGAUCAGUUCCUCAAAAUAUUCGACAGGUAUACUGAUGAAAAAACUACUGCUCCAUAUUUUUCCUGACACCUGUGAUCUCCGUGAUCUCCUGUCCUUCAAGAAACAUCUGUUGAUGCCUUUGGAUAAUUACUGAUAAUUGUUUACUUUCUACUGACAGAAUUAUUAGGUGGACAUCUUACUGUUAUUGCAACCUGUUCUACUGUUCAGUCAUUAAAAUGUUAUCAACUUUCCAGUUGUUAUCGACUCCUUAAGUUAUAUAUUUACAUUAAAACUCAUAUAAUUUUAAAAAAAGAAAAAUAUUUUUUUAAAGAAAGUUUGCUCUAGGGGAAAAAAAGAUAUCAGAAAUAAUAUGAUCCGUGUCAGUGUUCAUGGUGUCUGAAGCAUUUUAACAUGAAGAUCAAAUUUGUAUCACUUAUGAGAGUUCACACAGGAGAUAAACCGUAUCAGUGUUCAGAGUGUCGGAAAUAUUUUGCCAUUAAAAGCAGUCUCAAUGCACACAUGAGAAUUCAUACAGGGGAUAAACCAUAUCAGUGUUCAGAGUGUCAGAAAUAUUUUGCCACUAAACGCUAUCUUGUUAAACACAUGAGAGUUCAUACAGCAGAUAAACCGUAUCAGUGUUCAGAGUGUCAGAAAUAUUUUUCCACUAGAAGCAAUCUUGUUACACACAUGAGAAUUCAUACAGGAGAUAAACCGUAUCAGUGUUCAGAGUGUCAGAAAUAUUUUACCAUUAAAAGCUAUCUUGUAAAACACAUGAGAAUUCAUACAGGGGAUAAACCGUAUCAGUGUUCAGAGUGUCAGAAAUAUUUUGCCACUAAAAGCUAUCUUGUUACACACAUGAGAGUUCACACAGGAUAUCAACCGUAUCAGUGUUCAGAGUGUCGGAAAUAUUUUGCCAUUAAAAGCAGUCUCAAUGAACACAUGAGAAUUCAUACAGGGGAUAAACCAUAUCAGUGUUCAGAGUGUCAGAAAUAUUUUGCCACUAAAAGCUAUCUUGUUAAACACAUGAGAGUUCAUACAGCAGAUAAACCGUAUCAGUGUUCAGAGUGUCAGAAAUAUUUUGUUACUAAAAGCUCUCUUGUUACACACAUGAGAGUUCAUACAGGAGAUAAACCGUAUUUUUGUUCAGAGUGUCAGAAAUAUUUUUCCACUAAAGGCCAUCUUGUUACACACAUGAGAGUUCAUACAGGAGAUAAACCGUAUCAGUGUUCAGAGUGUCAGAAAUAUUUUGCCUAUAAAAGCAAUCUCAUUGUACACAUGAGAAUUCAUACAGGAGAUAAACCAUAUCCGUGUUCAGAGUGUCAGAAAUAUUUUUCGACUAAACGCUAUCUUGUUAAACAUAUGAGAGUUCACACAGGAUAUAAACCGUAUCAGUGUUCAGAGUGUCAGAAAUAUUUUGCCACUAAAAGCUAUCUUGUUAAACACAUGAGAGUUCAUACAGGAGAUAAACCGUAUCAGUGUUCAGAGUGUCAGAAAUAUUUUGCCACUAAAAGCUCUCUUGUUACACACAUGAGAGUUCAUACAGGAGAUAAACCGUAUCAGUGUUCAGAGUGUCAGAAAUAUUUUGCCACUAAAAGCUCUCUUGUUACACACAUGAGAGUUCAGACAGGAGAUAAACUGUAUCAGUGUUCAGAGUGUCAGAAAUAUUUUGCCACUAAAAGCUCUCUUGUUACACACAUGAGAGUUCAUACAGGAGAUAAACCGUAUCAGUGUUCAGAGUGUCAGAGAUAUUUUGCCUAUAAAAGCAAUCUCAUUGCACACAUGAGAGUUCAUACAGGAGAUAAACCAUAUCAGUGUUCAGAUUGUCAGAAAUAUUUUGCCACUAAAAGCUAUCUUGUUAAACACAUGAGAGUUCAUACAGGAGAUAAACCAUAUCAGUGUUCAGAGUGUCAGAAAUAUUUUAGAACUAAAGGCUCUCUUGUUAAACACAUGAGAGUUCAUACAGGAUAUAAACCGUAUCAGUGUUCAGAGUGUCAGAAAUAUUUUGCCACUAAAAGCUAUCUUGUUACACACAUGAGAGGUCACACAGGAGAUAAACCGUAUCAGUGUUCAGAGUGUCAGAAAUAUUUUGCCACUAAAAGCUAUCUUGUUACACACAUGAGAGGUCACACAGGAGAUAAACCGUAUCAGUGUUCAGAGUGUCAGAAAUAUUUUGCCACUAAAAGCUAUCUUGUUACACACAUGAGAGGUCACACAGGAGAUAAACCGUAUCAGUGUUCAGAGUGUCAGAAAUAUUUUGCCACUAAAAGUCAUCUUGUUAAACACAUGAGAGUUCAUACAGGAGAUAAACUGUAUCAGUGUUAAGAGUGCCAGAAAUAUUUUAGCACUUAAAGCCAUCUUGUAAGACACAAAAAUUCAUACCAAAUAUUAGACAUGUUAGUCAUGAGAGUCAGAAAAUUGUUACGAAAAAACGGCAGCAUGAAGGAAGUUCAUACGUGAAAUAAAUCAUAACAGUGUUCAGUGUGUCUUACAUAUUGCGUAGAAAAAGGUACUCAUGAGAUAACACACGUGUGUUUACAUGGAAGAUAAACUGUAUCAGUGUCCACAGGGACUGAAAUAUUUUACCCUAUACAGGCUUGCUUGCAGGAAUCAUGAGAGAUAAAAACAGAGUGUUGAGGUUGUCUGAAACAUUUUGCUCACAAAUGUUCUCUUCGAAUGGUUUCCUAUUGUUGGUGACAGGGAGCCUGUUCUAUUAGAGCUAUCAGUAUAUAAUUUGCCAUCAACAGACCUUCCAUAGGGGCAACCUACUAAAGCUGACUAGCUCCCUGUAACGAUUUCCUACCAAGUUAACAGAGACACGAGGCAUAAUUGUAACGAUUUACUACUAAAAUAACCGAGGCAUCAGGUACAAGGAAACGUACCCAAUCGUCUCGCUCUGCCAUGGAAUCGAACCCAACAUGAUCGGUUGUCAGUUGACUAGGGUAACACUGGGCAGGAAGUAAACAUUCCCAUGUUAAGUGUUGUUGUUGUUGUUGAGUUAGGAGCGACGACGAUCGUGGGAUCGGAUGCGCCCCGGCGUACCCGUUAAUUAAGGGUGAAUCGUGAAGCCAGGAAAGGCGAAACGCCAAGCCAAAACGCGAAACGAGUGACGCCAAGUACGCCGGGAACGUUCAGGCUCCGGCCGGAUAUUGUCAGUGCCGGAAGCAGACCCAGAAACACGGGCACCACGAGCCGGACGAACUGAUGCCUGACACAAAACGGCAGCAGCCUCUUUCACAGGCGGAACUGGGCCACACACAGCAGGAGGCUCUGCAGCUAUCCCAGCACCCAGCACAUCUGGGACCCAAGGCACGGACACAGGGCCAGGCGCAGCAUCCGAAGACAAGGAAGAAGACGGCGAUGCCACACAGGGAGCACCAGGAAGGCCCACGGGAGCAGCUUGGACAGUGACAGGAUCAGGCAGACCAACCGAUGUUACUGCAAUACCCAGAGGCGGGUUGACAACAACUGGAGGAAUGACAGGCGUCGCCGGGGGAGCUGCAGCAGCGAACGGGAGGCGCACCUCUUCAACAUCUCCGGAGACUGCCUCCAGUGGGAGCGGCGGGAAAUCCUCUUCUCGGAACAAGUUGACAGGAGCAGCUGGGGCCUCAGAGCACCCUGCAGCCUGAUGACCCAACAGGCCAUACCAGAAACAGGUACGAGGCUGCCGGGCAUAGUACUCCUGGACGUAGUAUCCCAUUAGCCAGACAGAAGAAGGUAUAUCCGACCACAGGCGCAUUCCCAACGUGCGAAUGUUCGUUCGCCUUCCAGCAUACCGCCCCGAGGAGAGUGUGUUCACCCGCAUGCUGACAACAGUACCAAACCUCCUGAAGUAACGCCAUAGGAGGUCUUCAGGAAGCUGCAGGGGCGCCCCAUGGACGCUGACAUAGGUCAGGACCCCACUACAAUCCGAGAUCGCCACAGAGCCGGCAUCACCCGGCAACGACAACGUACGCCCCUCGUACCGACAGAGGAAGUCCCGGUACUCCUCCUCCCCCACGAACUUGAGAACAACCCGGUGGGCUGUAACAAGCUCAACACCAUAGAUAGCCUCCACCGGGAUAUGAAGCAUGUCACACAUAACCAGCUCUAUGUCCGAAUAACCAGCCCGACUAGUGAACUCCAAGCCCACGGAGUUCACACGCACAACAAGGGGAAGAUGGCCUUCCAUGUCAAGCUUGCCACGUCAACACGCAGUCAGGCAGCAACACAAACUGGGGGGGGGGGCAGAGACGCCCACACCACCUGGCAACCAAAACGGCAAACACCCCAACUACCAGAGGCCAGGUGACACGUCUGCACCUCACGGAGGCUCCAGGUGGACUCCCAUGUUAAGUGUAUCUGAAAAAUCAAUACUUAUAAAACAGAAUGUUGUUGUUGAUGAUUUAGGGGCGACGAUGAUCGAGGGAUCGGAUGCGCCCCGGCAUACCCAUGAAAGGGUUAAUCGCGAAGAAUAAUGGCAUAUAAAUGUCGCCUAUCUGUGGAAACUAAUGUGCCUUGCAGGAAAUAAACACAUGGAUGGGCAGAUGAUUGAGGAGCCCCCUUGGAGUCCCUCAGGGUGACAAGCACAGACUCCACCCCAAACACAAGAAAACACCGGGUAGGCAAAACCAAAAACUUGGCUUCUGAGAUGCAAAAAGGUAUCCAGUGCCCUCUGGCAGAGGAGAAGCCAGCCGCCCACCAUGUCUGAGGGCACACCAGGAGCCCAUCUAGACCCACGAACUCCUGGCACCUCUUGGGCAAGCUGACGCCGGACACUGUCAUCCCGCCUGAAGAACUGGCCAGAAUACGUUCAAAAUCUAUCACCUAUCCUGUGAACCAAGGCGAUAUGUGCCCCAGGCAUCAUAACAGUCCAGACCGUUAAAUAGGAACGCCAAACGACAGUAUAAAACUUCAAAUCACAAAACGGAACGUCAUCCGGCGGCCCCCUAGGCAAUUCAAGUGUCCAAACGUCCGCUCGUCAUCAAGGUUGAACCAGGAGUCAAAGAGAAUGUUUGUGUGUUUGUCCAAUGUUGGAGGCCAGAUGCUUGAUCUAGCCUCGCCCAAACUGGCAGAGAGAAUUGCGUGUGGAACGGAAUGAACAUUGGCUUGUCUGAGUCGCCAGAAUUCAAAAGGGUCAAAGGGGGCAGAGAGAGGCUGAAACAAAGAUAGAGACAGUAUACACAUGGAUGGAUAGAUACAAGGAUGGAUUGAUAUACAAAUGAAUAGAUAAAUGGAUAGAUACAUAGAGCGAAAGAUGGAUGGCUAAUUGGAUGGAUAUAUAAAUAAAUGGAUUGAUACAUGGAAGGAUAGAUGGGUGAGUAGAUGGAUGGAUGUAUGAUAAAUCGACAGAUAAAUUUGGGUAAAUUAGGUGGAAAUUGUAUUAAAUUACCUAAGUUUAGGUAUAUUUGAGUAAAUUUGGUGGAAAUUCUCUUAAAUUAUGUAAAAUACAGGUGGGAUACCUUGCAUUUCGCCAACUUCAAUAAAUUCUAUCUUUGGAUGUGCUAGGUCAGAUUUGGUAGUGCUAUGUAUGAUAGAAUAUAUAACAUCUAAGGGGUAAUGAACUAGCUUGUUCAGAAAAUAUAGUCAAUUACCCUAUUUAGGUUUGAGUUAUAUCUAGCUCUUGUGAUGGAUGGAGAGAGACUACAUAGGGUUGUAUGUGAGGAUAUGGGUGCUGUGAUCAUGGGAGUGAGGUAUAAUAUGCCAAGACUGGAUGUUGGAUAAUGGAAAUAUACACUAAAUUUAGAUGGAAUAGGUUAAACUUGGGUAAAUGAGACUUUGGCUGUGCUGUGUAUGAUAAGGUAAAUUUGGAUAAAUUUAGUGGAAAUUGUCUUAAUUUAGGUGAAUAUAGGUAAAUUUGGAUAAAUUUGGUGGAAAUGUUCUCAAAUUAGGUAAAAUUUAACUGGGACAUCAUUAAUUUAGCCAAAUUGAAUCAAAUUUAGCUUUGGAUGUGCUAGGUCAGGUUAGGUAAGGUUGUGUAGGGUAGGAUAUAUAAUAUCUUACGGGUACUGAACUAGCUUGUUCAUAAAAUAGUGUAAAUUAGCACAUUUGGGUUUUAGUUAUAACUAUAUAUAGUCCAUGUAAUGGCUGGACAGAGGUAACAUAGGCUUGUAUGAGAGUAUAUGGGAUGCUUAUAUUUAGUUAGUUUAGCUUUUUCUCGGUUGAACUUGGUUAAAUUUGUGUAGUAUAAGUAGAAUUUUUGCCAGAUUUAGAUAAAUUUAGCUACUAAUAGGAUGCAUUUUUAUAGGAUAUAGUAAAUUUUCUUAAAUUAUCAUAGAAAUUUCUGACUUCAUCUAACCCCACUCAUCCUAACCUAACAUAACUAAAGCUAGAACCAAUAUGUCUGUUGGAUGGUUUGCUUAAUUAAAUAUGGGUGACAUGACUGGAGAGGAUGUAACAAGGGGUAUUAAUAAAGUAUUAAAAACAAUGGACAUAUGCUUGAUGAAUAGUUUAGCACUAAUAACGUUGAAACAGUUAUGGAAAAUGUAUGUGUGUGUUUUUAUAUUGGUCUCAUAGGAUGUUAAAUGUACCAUUCAUAUAUGUGAAAUUCUGAAUUUUUUGGUGAUAAUUUCUGGGUUAAACUUGGAUUAUUAUAAAUGAUGACCUAAACAUACCUAGAAAAAAAUAUUAUGCAAAUUGUGUAUUGAUUUACCAAGUUGGGUAUGAUUGUAUUUGUACAAAUAGCACAAUGAUUAUAAUUGUGCAAGUUCUGCAUUAAUUGUGCAGGUUAUGUAUUGAUAGUAUUUUGCAUAAGUUGUAUGAUGAUUGCAAUUAUGUAUUGAUUAUAUCCCACAAAUUGUGCAUUGUUUAUGCAAGUUGUGUAAUAAUUGUAUAUGUUUUGAAAGUGAAUUUGUGAGAAUUAUGUAGUUGAGUUUUUAAUGUUUAUGUGCUAGAUGUGUAUUGUUCGUAUUUAUGCUAGUUGUGUAUUGAUUAUAUUAGGGCAAGAGGUGUGUUAAUUAUGUAUACACUAUAAUUGCGUUUGUGUUAAUUGAGUAUUUGUACUAGUUGUGUAUUUUACAUACUUGGGGCAGUUAUGUAUUAUAUGUAUUCGUGCUGGAUACCUAUUUGAUUGUAUUUUGCAUGUUGUGUAAUUAUUAUGAAAGACGUGUAAUAAUUGUGCAAGUUGUGCAAUGAUUGCACAUGUUGUGAAAUUGUAUAUCGACGAAUUGUGUAUUUGCGCCUGUUGUAUAUUGAUUGUCAUUGUGCAAGUUGUGCAAUUGUAUAACAAGUUUGGUUAUAUUAAUUAUGCAAGGAUGUGUAUUACUUACAUAGGUUUUGUAUUAAUUAGCCAUGUUUUAUAAAAAAAAUUGUGCGAA